AACUCACAGCUCUCAUGGAUGGAGAGUCAGUCUGUGUGCAAGUCGGGCUAAUACAAACUUACCUCAAUAUGGGAGUCACGCUGUUACACCGUGUUGGUGGAAUACUAGUAGUCUUCAGUUUGUUUCAGAUUUUCUUCACACCACACUGUGAUGCGGGGAAUAUUUUGGUGUAUCCUCUAGACGGAAGCCACUGGAUCAAUAUGAAGAUUCUGUUAGAAGAACUUCAUACCAGGGGUCACAACAUCAGCGUUAUCAGGGCUUCCAGUAGUUGGUAUAUUCCAGAAAAAUCCCCCCUCUACACAUCUAUCACAGUUGAAAUGGGUAAAGAUGUGAAAGACUUCUUUGAUGAGUUUAUACAAGAACAAUUGAAGGUGCAAAGAGAAGGGUCCUCACUGAUAGCUUUCUUCAAGCUCACUAAGAAGUUUAUGUCCUUCCUUCAUUUGGGCCAUACCCUGUGGUGCGAUACCGCAGCAAGAAUCUUUGAAAAUCCAAAGUUGCUAAAAAGCUUAAUGGAUUCACAGUAUGACCUGGUUCUUACUGAUCCAGGAAUAGGGCCAGGUGUUGUGAUAGCUAAAUAUCUUAAACUGCCAUUGGUCCUCAACGUUCGCUGGAUUACAAGUGGAGAAGGUCACUUUGUGUUGGCUCCCUCACCCCUCUCUUAUAUCCCAGUGAUCCCAGGACCUGGCUUGACAGACAAAAUGAAUUUCAUCCAGAGAGUUAGAAACAUUUUUUCCUAUAGUAUUAUUUUGUUCCAGCAGAAUUUUGUGUUGGCACCAAUAUACAAUGCUAUGUGUGAUAAAUAUAUUGAGGGUGGAUGUGACAUUGUCUCACUGCUUCAAGAUGCUGACAUUUGGCUGUUCAGGUCAGAUUUUGUGUUUGAAUUCCCUCGACCAACAAUGCCAAAUGUUGUCUACAUUGGAGGGUUCCAGUGUAAGCCUGCUCAGCCUCUAACAGACAACCUGGAGGAGUUUGUUAAGAGUGCAGGGGAGCAUGGAGUCAUCAUUAUGACUAUGGGAACUUUGGUUAACGCUUUACCUGAAGAGAUUGUGGAGGAAAUUGCCCGUGUCUUUGCUGAGAUGCCCCAAAAGGUGAUUUGGAAGCACAGAGGGAAGCACCCUUCUACUCUGGGCAACAACACUCUAAUAGUGGACUGGAUGCCACAGAAGGAUCUACUCGGCCACCCACAAAUAAAAGUCUUUGUAGCUCAUGGAGGAACAAAUGGAGUCCAGGAAGCCAUUUACUACGGAGUCCCUGUGCUUGGCAUACCCUUGUUCUUUGACCAGUAUGACAACCUCCUGCGUUUGCAGGAAAGAGGAGCAGCAAAGAUUAUUCAGCUUCAUGAAGUUAGUGGUCACACCUUUCAGAGAGGUAUUAAGGAUGUGCUCCAUAAUGACAGCUACAGGCAUAAUAUGCAAAGACUGUCACAUUUACACAAAGAUCAGCCAGUACCACCAAUGGAUCAGGCCACUUUUUGGGUAGAAUAUGUGAUGCGCCACAAAGGGGCCCCUCACCUGCGUACAGAGGCUUAUAGGAUGCCUUGGUACUCAUAUUAUUGCUUAGAUGUACUAUUCUUUCUGAUGACUGUUGUAACUAUGCUCCUCUUCUCUGUGUUUGCUAUUUUUAGAUGUCUAUUCUCUGGUCUUACAAGUUUUACAGCCGCUUUCUGAGGAAGCUCCUCAAUAUCUACAAGUGAACAAAGCUGCCCAUCAAAGUCUGGGUCUUCAUAUGAUAAGCUAAAAUCACAGUCAAGCUUGAACUUUUCUUUUAUAAUGUCCUUUAGCUCAUCCACUGAUUCUGGGCGUGGGAUUAAAGUUAGUUUUCUCACAAUAUCUGUUGAGACAUCAACAUGAAGCAGCAGGGCCUGAGCAGCCAUUCCCUAUGGUUAGACAAAGGAAAAUAAGUUGUAAUACUUUUUUCACCCCAAUCUAUUUGGCUUAUUUAUUUGCAUGUGGCUUAUUCUGAAAGCAAUAUUAAUCCUACCAGUGUCUGGUCAAAAUAAAUCUUUUUUGUGUCAACAA